UCAGUCAGUCAGUCAGUCAUUAGAGGGACAGGAUGGAGCUCAGUCCACUGCCUGUGAUGCUCUUGCUGAUUUCACUCAUACCAGUGGUCCAGGCUCAAGGGAGUCCUAAAGCUGUGGUGUCUAUAAAGCCUGAUACACAUGUGUUCACUGGAGAGAUUGUUACUCUCAGAUGUGACAUACAGGGAGGAGGAGACACUCAGUGGACUUACAGCUGGAAGAAAAAUAAUACCACAAUAUCAGAGGGAAUAGGGAGAUUCUUCAUAGAAAACAGAACACAGAUGUUCACUAUUUGGCCUGUUGAAGACUUUGACAGUGGAACCUACAGCUGUAGAGGACAUGGGAGAGACUCUCAGAGCUCAGAGAUCAGUGAUGAUGUUACACUGACUGUAUCAGUAAAACCCAAACCGACUGUGAGAGUGAAUCCUCAGAGCUCCGUCUACACUGGUGACACCGUCACUCUGAGCUGUGAGCUGCAGCAGGAGACUGGAUGGGAGUUUUACUGGUACACAAAUAAUCAGCUGUUACAGAAUCUGAACAGUGAACAAGUGAACACACUUAAUGUGACAGUCGAUAAUGCAGGAGAAACAGAGUACAAGUGCCGAGCAUACAGGACAAACUACUACAAACACAACUAUUACACAGAGCUCAGUGAUCCUGUCAAGAUUACAGUGGGAGUAAAACCCAAACCGACUGUGAGAGUGAAUCCUCAGAGCUCCGUCUACACUGGAGACACCGUCACUCUGAGCUGUGAGCUGCAGCAGGGGACUGGAUGGGAAUUUUACUGGUACAAAAAUAAUCAGGCGAUACAGAAUCUGAACAGUGAACAAGUGAACACAUUUAAAGUGAACGUUGAUAAUGCCGGAGAAACUGAGUACAAGUGUCAAGCAUACAGUAGAAACAGCUCCAACUACCACAACAACUACACAGAGUUCAGUGAUCCUGUCAAGAUUACAGUGAGAGCGAGACCUAAACCAGUGGCAUCCAUAAAUCCUGAUAAUCAGGUGUUCAGUGGAGACACCGUCACUCUGAGAUGUGACAUACAGGAUGAAAGUGUCUCUAGCUGGCAGUACAGCUGGUAUAAAGAUACUUCACACAGUCCUGUCAGUAGUGAACAGGUGUACAGUAUCAGUGGUGUUGAAGUGACCCACACAGGUACAUACACCUGUAGAGGAACAGAGAGAGGAGGCUCACACUCCUCACACUCCAGUGAUGUUAUUACACUGACUGUAUCAGAGAGACCACAGGCAGUACUGAGUGUAUCUCCACAGAGCUGGCUGACUGAAGGAGACUCAGUGACUCUAAGCUGUGAGGUUACAGACUCCUCUACAGACUGGACAUUCAGCUGGUACACAGUUGUUCCCUACAGAGACGGAUUAACUGGAAUAAAUAAUAAUCGUGGCUAUAUCGUGUAUGUGGAGCUCCUCUCAGACAGCAGCAGAGGAUCUGGAGGCAAAUACACUCUCCGUCCUGCUGCUCUUAAUCACACAGGAGUUUAUAUGUGCAGGGGAGAGAGAGGAGAACCAGCCCUUCAGACACAGUACAGCAAUCUACAGCCACUAUGGAUCACUGGAGAAUCUCCUCCAGCCUUUCUGAUCAUCAAUCCCAGUAGAACUCAACACUUUACUAAUGACUCUCUCUCACUGAGCUGUGAGGACCAGAGUAAGUCUACUGAAUGGACAGUGAGACGAUACACACACAGUGAGAGUGUGUUAGAUUGUUCACACUGGGGAUCAGUUACAGGAUCUACAUGUAACAUCAGCUUCCUCUCCACAUCCUACACUGGAGUUUACUGGUGUGAGUCUGAAUCUGGAGAAAACAGUAAUCCUGUCAACAUCACCGUGCAUGAUGGUGAUGUGAUCCUGGAGAGUCCUGUCCAUCCUGUGACUGAGGGACAUCCUCUGACUCUACGCUGUUUAUAUCACAACCCAAAUCCCUCAAACCUCCGAGCUGAUUUCUAUAAAGAUGGAUCAGUUCUCCAGAAACAGACUACAGGAGAGAUGAUCAUGCAAACUGUCUCAAAGUCAGAUGAAGGUUUCUACCACUGUGAACACCCAGAGAGAGGAGAGUCACUGAAAAGUUGGGUCUCAGUCAGACUCUCAGUUCCAAGAUCCAAUGAUGGAAGAAGAAGAAGACUGGUUGUGGUUUUAGAAUUUUUGUUCAUCGCUUUAUUGAUCUUGCUGUGGUCCUACAAAAGUAAAAAAGAAAAGCAGAAAACCAAUCAGACAUCAGAACGGAAUCAGAACCGGUCAGGAGCUGAAGACUCUCAGUCAGGAAACACACCACUUCAGGCUGGUGAAGCUGCAGCUGCGAGCAAUAAAGCCAUUUACACUCAGGUCAAGAAGAAAAAGAAGGCAAACAGGAACAAUGUAGGUGCAGAUGCUGAUGUGACUUAUGCUGAGAUUGAAGUAAAUCCAAUGAAAAAAGCCAAGAGAAUAAAAGAAAAGACCAGUGUGGCUGAUGAUGCAGUCUACUCAGAGCUAAAGCACAACAUGGAGUGAGCCACAUGUCUGUUCUGAUGAAGCUACAGUUAACAAACUGAAAGAUGGAAAACCUUUUGAAAAAAUGUUUUAGAUAGAUAGAUAGAUAGAUAGAUAGAUAGAUAGAUAGAUAGAUAGAUAGAUAGAUAGAUGACUAUUAAACUCAAAAGGAAAUUCACAUAUUACAGCAGCAGUAACAGAAUAUCAGAGGGGAUGUGAGAAAUUGUAUCUAGACAGCAGUAGACUCUACUCAUCCACUUCCUGUACACAGAAACAUUUCUUAUUCAUAUUUUGCUUUUGUUUUUACUC